AUGUGCGUCAGGAGUCCACUGAAUUCGUUGAAGAACAACACAACAAUGUUGCUAUUUGUCUCAGCGACGGACUCUGCAACAUUUCCACUAAUGAGUGUUGUCGCUGUGCACGUCGUUGUUGAUGACUCCAUGGCUCCUUCAACUGUCUUCUUGCCAGAAUACAACCCGAACAAAAACAGCAACAACAACAACAACAACGACGACAAUGAUUUUUUCGGCAAAACUUUGCACGGCACGAGCCAUCAGAGCAACUACUUAAGCAUAGCCAAAAACACGCCCUUCCUAUUGACCAUCAUCUUGGCGUUCGUCUUCAUCGUCAUCGUCUUCCUGGCCAUAACGACGAUCCUGUUCUGCAUGGCUAAAAAGAGAAGCUCCAGCAUCAGGGAUGGAGAGAGGAUGAAGUCGAACUUGAGAGAGAAUGAUGUUGCUCAAAUGAAUUCGGAUGACAGCUUAGGCCGUGGUCUUCUGAAACAAAACAACAACAUGGAGAACAGUAACAACAGCAACAAUAAAAAUAACAUAAUUACGAAUAAUAAAAUUACUAGCAGCUGUAAAGCAAAACGCUACGGCAGCGCCGACACCAGCCUCAUCAUCGUCGUCAGCAUCAACAUCGUCAAUGACGUCAUCUUCAGCAAAAAAAACGAGUAA